GUUUUUCUAAGUAUUGUUUAUAUAUAUAUAUAUAUUGAAAUUCCAUUACUAAACGAGUUCUCUGUGAAACAGAUAGAAAUAUAAUAAACAAUAAAACCAAUUUCAAAUAAUUGCGUCAUAGAUGUGCGACCUCCUGCAGGAUUUCCGUUGGUCAGUUUAAAUGUUUCGGGUUUUCAUUUUUAAAAAGAAGUCAGGGUGACGUUUUUUGCUGAACAGCGAAAACAUUUCUCCUUGUUUUGUUUGUGAGUCGGGUUCCCAGGACAGACAAACUACUCUUCUACAAGCGUAGGAAGUUGUCGAUAGAGAGGGACUUUCUUACGUUUUAUCCGUCGUUAUGUCCUCGUCUAAGGAGGAUGCGUUCUCCGCAGAGGAACUGAGGAAAAGACUCUACCAAACCUUUAAAAACAAAGGCGUGCUCGAUACACUCAAAGUGCAGCUGCGGAAUCAGCUCAUCCAGGAGCUGAAGUCUCCACAUCCAGCCCCCAGGCCGCCAGACGGAACAUCUGGGACUCUUUUGCUUUCAGCCUGCAACAGCAUGGUGGCUGAUCACCUCCGUGCUGCAGGGUAUGAGUACACGCUGUCUGUAUUCUGCCCGGAGAGUGGCCUCUGUAAGGAUAAGAUUCUCAAGAAAGAAGACCUUCUUCAGAUUCUUCAAUGCAGUCCUACAUCUGCCUUUUUUACAUCUAUGCAAAAUAAAGAAAACAGCGAUAAAGGGUUCCUGUUCAGCCUUUUAACAGACCUGACACGCCAUUCAACACACGGCCUCCGCCACGACGUCGAUACUCAGACAACCAACUUACCAAGUGAUGGAGAGUCCCUGGUUGACAAGAUGAAAAUGAUCGACAAACAAUACGAGAGCUUGAGUUUAUCCGAAGACAAAAUGUUCCCCCUCCAGUCGAAGCUGGCCGCAUACAAAAAAGAGAUUGAAGCCCAGAAGGAAGCAGAAACGAACACCAAGCUGCAGCAUUUCAAAGAAGUUGAGAUUGCAAAAGUGAGGAUGGAGGAAAAGUCCAAGUUUAGUAAGGAGUUUGAAAAGCUGAAGCGAGACCUGGAGAGGACGUAUGAAAUGAAGGCAAAGGCACUGAUGGAGCGAGAGAAAAAUGCCAUCGAGAGGCUGCAAAAACAGCAAGAGAUUGAGGAAAAAAGUGUGUACAUGCAGAGACAGUCACUGCUGAAAGAAAUCGAGACACUGCGCGGCAGAGAAAAAGAGCUGAGGAUGAGAACGGAGGCUUUUGAAAAGUCUUGUGAAAUGCAUACAGAGAAGGUGAGGGCUACAGAUGAGUUGCUGAGGAGGAGAGAACUGGCUGUAAAGACGAUGGAGGACACGUACGACCAGAAGCUGAAGAACGAACUCUCCAGGUACCAGCUGGACCUGAAGGAGGAAUUUCUUAAAAGAACAGAAAAACUCACAGAAUGCGAGAACAGAAACAAAGUGGAAACAGCUCGAAUCCAAAAGGAGUCGGAUUUGAUAGAUGCCAGAUUAGCAGAGCACAACAGAGCAUGCACAGAGCUGAAACGACUGCAGGUUGAGCUAGAAACUGCCCAGCAGCAGGUGUCUCUGCUAACCCAGCAGAAGGAGCUAUUAAAGGAACGACUGGAGAGUACCAGCGACUAUGCCGGCUUGAAAAGGGAGAGAGCAGAGCUUCAGGGACAGCUGCAGCUGCUGAGGAAACAGCUGGAGGAAGCACAGGAGGAGAACCAGCGGCUCCGCGCAGAAAUGAUCCAACCAUCUAAAGAAGAGCUGGCCCUGCAGACGGAGCUUCGUCGGCUGCAGAACGCUCGCACGCUGGACGAGGAGGAGUUUGAGAGCCAGAAACGGAUGCUGCAGACGCAGCUUCAGAACGAGGUGGAACGAUGCGGCCAGCUUAAAGCUCAACUGACCGAGUGUGAGAGGAGGUCAGAGUGGAUGUCUAAGCACGCCGAGGAGAUCAAGACGCAGCUUCGCCAAACACAACAAGCUCUGGAAAACGAAGUGCUGCGUAACCCGAAGCCCUCCAUCGUCGAUCACUCCGUCCUGGAGCUCUGCGCCGACAAGCUGGUCCCGCCCGACAUCUAUGUGGCCAGAGCCGCGGCGAGGCCCAGGGCGGCUUACGGCGUCGCUUGGGAAGCAGGCGGGCCAUCGCGAGGACUCCGCUCCCCCGGGAGCGACUCUCCAGACUCCGACGUGGAGCUCGUUGCCGACGCCAAGGCCCGAAUCCAGGCGCUGCAGAAGGAGGCCGAAAGCUUGGAGGAAGCUUACAGGAGCUACCAGCAGAGGGCGGUGCACUCCGUCGUCUCUCACAGGCCUCUCUCCUCACAGCAAGCCUAUCCUUCACACUACCCCAGCUCCCAUUUGAGGAAAAAAGACUCCCAGCCUUCACACAACUAUUCAACCCACAGACCAAAGACUUUAUGCAAACAAGUCCCUCCUCAGUCUGCCCAGUCCCCCGCUCUGGUAUCCCACGACACCAGAAGCACCGUGCCGCCCUCAGAAGUCCGUCACCAGCCCCAGGCCCCCUUCUUCACUGACCACAGUCAGAAUCCUUUAUCAGAACCCGUGUUCCUACGAAAUGGACAAAGUCACGAUGAAAGACAACUGGCUGCUUCCCCACAAUCCUCCUCCAGAGGGAGGCUUCAGAAGGAGAAUGCAGAAGAAGCAGCCGUGACUCCGGUGGCGUUCUCCCAGCCGCCGUCGCUGCCUGACAGCAUGCGUCACUUUCCUGCCGCUGCCAUCACCGUCCCAAACGCAGGUGACUUUUCUCCCGAUCUCAGCCCGCCCCUCAGCCCCCAGCUCAGGAGCACAGCACGGGACCACUCCAGUCCACCAAAUAUACAGCCUGUGUUCUCCAGCUCCGAGUCGUCCCCGCAGCCAGAGGAGAUCAACCUUGAGGACCUAACCGAAGAGUUGCAAGAGCCGGGCCACAUUCCAGAGCUUCUCCUGGACACUGCUGUCCCUCUCUCUGAGGAGGCCCCCGAAAGGCCCGGCACCCCCCAGCCCCAGGACCUCACAGAAGACCCAGAAGACGUGCCCGGCCAGCCUGAUGUUCACGAGGCUUCAGGAGACUCUGUCAAGGAGGAAGAGGAAGAAGAGAAGCAAAUAUGGGAAAGACAGCGGAAAGAGAAACAAGAGGAAAGGCAGAGGGAGCUGGAGGAAGCCAAGGAGCGGGAGCGGCAAGAACUGGAACGUUUGGAGGAGGAGACGCUUGUGGAAGAGGCGAUGCAGCCAGAAAAGGAAGAAGAAAUGAAAGAAGGAGAAACGGACAUUAGGAAAGGGGAAGAUGAUGAGCAAAGCAGGGAAGAGCCAAAAGUAGAGAAUCCAUUGGACAAAUACAUGAAGAUGGUACUGGAAGCAAGAGAGAAGCAGCAUGAGCAGAUGUCUUUAAGAGAGGAAGGAGGACAGACGAGCCCAGAGGACAAGAGUUUAUUUGAGGAAAAAAAUGAAAGCAUUGCAGCAUACUCUCUCAAGGAUGAAGACGAUGAGUUCUGGUGAUCCGUCUCAUGAGCAGAAUCAAAGUUCAGCAACAAAUUCCAAGCUUGUCACUUUUUUAACCUGUAUUUUAAUAUUUAAGUUCUAUUGUAUUUUACCAUUUUAGCAUUGAUUGCAAAUGUGAAAAAUUGCAACUUUUGCAGACUGCACUUUAAUAAACAAACACACGUCACAACAUGUAAA